GGGAUGGAGCCCGAGGCGGGGGGUGACGCCCCCAGGACCCCCAGCGUCCCCUGGCGCAGCUACAAACUGGUGCUGGACCCCGCCCUGCGGCGGGGAGGGCAGAAGCUCUACAGAUACGAUGGAGUGCACUUCAGCGUGCCUGAUUCGGGGUUCCCCCCGGCCGGGCCGGUGCAGGACCCGCGACCCCGAAGGAUUUGGGCCAAACACCGCGAGCUGUCCCUGCCUGUUCCCAAAUUCAAGCUGGACGAGUUCUACGUGGGCCAGGUGCCCCUGAAGGAAGUGACCUUCGCCCGCCUCAACGACAACAUCCGCGAGGGUUUCCUGCGCGAGAUGUGCCGCAAGUUCGGCGAGGUGGAGGAGGUCGAGGUGUUGCUACACCCCAAGACCCGCAAACACCUGGGGCUGGCCCGCGUCACCUUCGGCAGCUCCCGCGGCGCCCGCGACACCGUCAGGCACCUGCACAACGCCACCGUGAUGGGAACAGCCAUCCACGCACAGCUCGACGUCAGGG